ACUUCAUAUUGCACCAUCAUUUCAUUUUAAAGCACUCAUAAAAACUAAUGUUUCUUUCCCUAAUAAAGGAUUAACCUGUUUGCCGCCAUUGUCGCGCAAUUCUCAGGCUUCUCAAACUCACUUCGACACUGCAUUUCUUUUCUGGCACGUUAAAUUCUCUCUCUCUCUCUACUCAGUUCCUGGCUACAUUUUUUUUACAGUGUAAAUGAAGUGCAUUGAGCGCCUUCCAAGAUCUGUUUGCAGUUCCUUGCGCUCUAGUGCAAUUCUGUUUGACUUGCCAAAAGUUGUGGAGGAGCUGAUCUAUAAUAGUGUGGAUGCGAGAGCUACAAAGGUACAUGUCUCUGUAAGCAUUGGGACAGGCUACAUAAAAGUAGACGAUGACGGAUGUGGUAUCACACGGGAAGAUUUGGUGCUUCUCGGGGAAAGAUACGCAACAUCAAAGCUUCACUCUUUGGCUGAACUUGAUGCCAGUAUUGAAAGCUUGGGGUUCAGAGGAGAGGCAUUGAGUUCUCUCUCUGAUGUCUCGCUUUUAGAAGUCAUCACAAAGGCUCGUGGAAGGGCAAAUGCUUACCAUAAAGUCAUUAAGGGUUGCAAGUGCCUAUCUUUAGGAAUUGAUGGUCAUAGGCAAGAUGUUGGUACAACAGUUAUAGUUCGUGAUUUAUUUUACAAGCAGCCUGUUCGAAGAAAGUAUCUGCAAUCCAGCCCUAGAAAGGUGUUGCACUCGGUCAAGAAAUGUGUACUUCGAUUUGCCCUUCUUCACCCUGAAGUUUCAUUUAAAGUCACAGAUCUUGAAAGUGAAGAUGAAUUGCUCUGCACGUUUCCAUCCUCGUCUCCCCUACCUUUAGUAACUAAGAGUUUUGGUGAAGAGGUUUCGAGUCAUUUACAGAAAGUAGACUAUUCUAGAGGUGCACUGAGGAUAUCUGGUUACUUAUCGAAUCCAGCUGAUGCUUUUUCCACAAAGGUUUUACAAUAUAUAUACAUCAAUUCGCGGUUUGUAAGCAAAAGCCCGAUACACAAGUUGCUGAAUAGAAUGGCAGUUAGUUUUCAAUAUUCUUUGGUUUCUGGGAUCGGGGAAUCUCUAUGUCAAGGGAAGCAGUCUGCAAUCAAGGAGGCACGUCAUUUGCCAUCAUAUCCUGCAUAUAUACUGAAUUUACGUUGUCCGCUUGCUACUUAUGACCUAACUUCUGAACCAUCGAAGACGAUUGUAGAAUUCAAGGAUUGGGUACUUGUACUCUCCUUUAUUGAGAAAGCUAUAAGCCACUAUUGGAGACAAGAUCCAGUUCAUGUCUUGCCAGGAAGUUCUCUGGGCACUGAAGAUGACUCCUGGAAAGAAGAAAAGUCAGAAAGACGCAGCAAUAAAAAUCCUUUGGAAGAAGCCUGGCUGAAGCAUGACUCCUCUACUGCAGAUUCAUAUGAAGACAUUGGCAAAAAGAAAUGUAAAAUUCAGCAUUUUCAGGAUCCUGAAACAAUGAUGGAAGAAAAUGGCAUUUCAACCCACAAGAGAAGUUUCAGGACACCAUUGAGAAAAUCACACAAAGUGAGCCCUUGUAAAGGUGACUCCUUUGAAAGGAACAGUCAUGUAUGGGAAAGUGGACUUCAAAUUAUUUGGGGGGGCCAUGGAUGCAAAGUUCUCAGAAGAAUCCGUGGUGACAAAGGCCGGGAAUGCAUUGAAAAAGAUAGCACUCUAGAAUUGAGAUUGGAAAAUAGUCAUGAUAACACUAGAUUGAAUAAAAGAUCAAGAACAAGCACAGAAAGAUGUUAUUACUUUGAAGAUUCAGAUGAGAAAAAGCCAUUUCUGUCAAGAUGCCCCAGGAAACUUGAAACACUGGCUUCCAAACCUCUCCAUUUUCCAGGAAAUAUGUUAGACAGUUCUGGCUUAUUAUAUAAUGAAGGGAGAUUUGAAGGUCAGUUUGAUCAUUACGCAUAUGAAUCGAAAGUGCCCACCUUUUAUGAUAGUCUUGACGUAGCUGAUGUUGAACUUGGGAAAGAAAGUUCUGAUUUUUAUUCUGUGAUUCCUUUACUACCUAAAAUUGCAUCAUCUCAGCAAUCGCCUUUAGCUCUAUAUAAGUACCAGGACACUGGAAAGGUAGACCUGCCAUCGAGGGGCUUCAUAAAUCCUCACUAUUGGAAAGACAUGCGAUCAAUAGAGGAACAAAUUGCUUGUGGUGGGUUAUUUUCACAAGAUUUGGAGAAAGGCCCAGAUAGUGAAUCUGUUAAUUCUCGGUGGUGUAUUAGAUCUCCAGAUUCUGAUACCGAAGGGAUCAAAGUUGGAGGGGAUUUUGAGAACUGUGUAAGCUCUAGUGGCUUGAGUGCUCAAAAGGUGAAGGACAACUUUGUUAGUUAUAGUCCCAGGGAAAAUAGUUAUAUGGGAGGAGCACUUUACGUUUCAAGUUGUUCACUUGGUGAUUCCUAUUUCAGCAGCUGCAAUAGUCCAGAAAGAAAGUUACACAGACCUCUAAGAAAUAGAAGUCACUUGGAUGGGAUCUUCGAUGAAGGAAGUGGAAGGCUUCGCUUGCUUAGUUCUCCGAUGGACUCGUUAGAUUUAGGUGCUGGUGUAGCAAAUGAUACUGAAAAUUUUCCAACCGCUUUUGAGAGUUCACAUUUUUACAAUGGCCUAGGAAGGAAGAAGAAAGGAAGUUCAAAAAAAUACAAAGAUGAUCAGUGUGAAGAAGUUUCGAAGUCCAGAACAAGAAGAAGCAGUUCUGCUCCACCAAUUUACCGUGGCAAGAGAAAGUUUUCAUUCUCAAGUAAUGUAAUGGCUGUCACUCAUGGACAGGAAUUUCCAGUUUGUAGGAGCACAGAACAAAUUCCAUCGCUGCCUGAUGGUGCAUCAGAGCAGUAUCCUGAGCUGAUGGAUUGUUCACUAACUUGUUUCAGGCAAUCCCCAGAGAGGAAGCCCAGUCAGAUGGAAAUAUCAAAUGAGACAGAAAGGAGUGGAGUUUUAGAAAGAUCUCAAUCCAUUCCAAUGUGUCGUGAUACUGAUGUUGUUGAUGAUUCCAUAAAUGCUUUGACAAAGUGGCGGAGUGCUGAUUCACAGGCUACAGUGGAGCAUCUCAACAAAAUGCAAAUGGACACGGAUAAACCACGAUUUAAACCUGGAUAUGAUGAUAGCAUCCUGGAUAUAUCUUCAGGACUGCUGCAUCUUGCCAGUUCUUCCUUGAUUCCUGAAUCAAUCAGUAAGGAUUGCCUUGACAAUGCAAAGGUCCUCCUUCAGCUGGAUAAAAAAUUCAUCCCAGUCACUGCUGGUAGAUAUCUUGCUAUUAUUGAUCAGCAUGCUGCAGAUGAACGCAUUCGUUUAGAAGACCUGCGUGAAAAGGUGCUCCUUGGUGAAGGGAAAACAAUUACCUAUUUGGAUUGUGAACAAGAAUUAGUGCUUCCGGAGGUCGGGCACCAGUUACUUCAGAACUAUGCAGAGCAGAUUCAGAGUUGGGGUUGGGUGUGCAAUUUCAACACUGGUGGAAACGGAUCUUUCACCAAGAACCUGAACCUUCUCCAGAGGCAGGGGCAGAGGCAGGGACAGUCCUUUAAAGCUACUCUUCUUGCUGUUCCCUGUAUCCUGGGGAUCAAGCUCUCUGACAAGGAUCUUAUAGAAUUUAUUGAUCAGCUUGUGGAGACAGAUGGGUCAUCAACAGUACCUCCGUCAGUGCUGCGAAUACUCAACUUUAAAGCAUGCAGAGGUGCCAUCAUGUUCGGGGAUUCCUUGUUACCUUCUGAAUGCUCGCUCAUAGUGGAGGAACUCAGGGCAACAUCCCUUUGUUUCCAGUGUGCUCAUGGACGACCAACUACUGUACCAUUGGUGAACUUGGAAGCUUUGCACAAGCAGCUGUCCGACCUUGGAACCUUGAAUAAUCAGUUCGAGGAGGAAUGGCAUGGGUUGAAAAGAAGUAAACCGAGUCUAGAACGUGCCAAGCUUCAGUUAAGUACUGCAAAGAUUCAGAGAGGAACAGAUUGAUCUUUAUUUCAAGCAUUGGGCUGAUGUGUACUUGUGUGAUUACAUUCAUUGUAAAAUUCUAUUCGUUUGUGUUAUACACAUUGUGACAAUUUCUAAUAAGAUUUGGAGUCUUCCAUUCAUUGUAUGUAAUUUUUUUUUAAAAAAAAUCUACUAAAUAUGCACAAAAUCCUUGAAUUU